UUUUUUUUCUUCCCUGACAAUUUUUUUUCUUCUCUUCCGAAGUUCCCCCCUCUCCUGCGCAUCGCAAAGCGCAGUUGGCAAGCUUCGGCAUCGGACUGACCUUUUCGCUCUCACAGCUAUAGAGCGCUGAUCAUCGCUGUUGCUCCGUCCAGCCGCAUCGGACCUAUCGCAUGCCAGGCCUCAAGCUUCGCAUCCGCACGAUCUUUGCGCCGCCGUUGUCAAGCCGAUAGCUUUUCCCACGAGCCCCCAUAGCAACACUCCUUUGGCGGUGCCAGUCGCAUCAUCCCGUUAACGAACGUCGCUAUUUGCGCGACUUCCUGAGACAUCGACAGCGUCUGACCGCCGGUCGUACCGCCGAAUCGAAUCUCGCGAAGCCAUUUGCUGAUACCGCAUACCCAGCCCCUCGCUUCCUCCCCUCUUCUUUCCUCUUUUGUACCAAUAUCGACCGCCGCCCCCAAUAUCGAUUUUCAACAUGGCUGGGCUAUUCAGGAAGGUGUACGACUGGCUGCUGAGGACGUUCUGGGCGCUGGAGAUGGAAGUGACCAUGGUCGGUCUACAAAAUGCUGGAAAGACAUCCUUGCUGCGAGUAUUGGCUGGUGGGGAGUUCACUCUCGACUCGAUUCCGACGGUCGGGUUCAAUAUGAAGCGUGUGCAACGUGGACAUGUUACACUCAAGUGUUGGGAUAUCGGUGGGCAGCCGCGUUUUCGCACCAUGUGGGAGCGGUAUUGCCGCGGCGUCAACGCCAUCGUCUUCAUCGUAGACAUUGCGGAUGUAGAGCUCAUCCCCCAGGCCAAGGAGGAGCUUCACUCGCUCAUGGCGCACCCAUCGCUAGCCGGGAUCCCGCUGCUCGUUCUGGGCAACAAGUCAGACCUCCCCGAGAAGCUAUCGGUGGACGAGCUGAUUGACGAGCUGGACCUGAAAAGCAUCCAGAACCGUGAGGUGUGCUGCUACGGCAUCAGUGCUAAACAAGAGACGAACCUCGAUGCCGUGGUGCAGUUCCUGGUGAAGUGGGCUGGCCGAUGA